UGCUUGUGUCAAAUCCACCUUGUAGAGCGGACAUAUUCCCGGCAAAUAAGUACUAACUUAUAGCCAUGGCUGGCCGACUGCUGCGCUGCAUCGUCAUUCUAAUCCUUUCCAGCUUUACGGUCUUCAUGUACGUUUCCAAGGUAGCGACAAUUGAAAAAGUCGACUAUUUUACGAGAGCCAAGCCCGAUGUAGUGUCCAAGAGUCCUGGAAAGCAGUUAGUGGACCAAGCGAUACGGCUACUAUCCUUUCAGGAAACUACUGAAGAUUUGAACGGUGGGAUCGCCGUUCAAGUUUCAGGAAACAGCAGUGCCAGGCACAACGAUAUGUCCACAAUUAUUGAUGAGAAUAUAAAUGUUGCGGAUUCAAUUGCGCUCAUUAGAAACAGAAGAAUUGACAAGGAUAAGCUCCAGGAUGACAGGCCAAAACAGAAAGUGCUUUCAGAAAUGUUGCUAGACUCGAAGCAUAUUUUAGCUUGGAAAUCAGAGCAAUUGUUCUCAAUAGAUACCGAAGUUCCCGUCCGAAUGCCGCUCGUAAGAACUAUCUACAAGCCUGGUCACCUGGACAGUGGGAUUGAUAUUGAAAGGAGAUGUCCCCGCGAAGGGUUAUUCACAAAGUUGUUGGUUUUAAUAACCUCAUCCCUUCGACAUUCGGCAGCCAGAAUGGCCAUACGGCAGACUUGGAUGCACUACGGCAGCAGAAGGGACGUGGGCAUGGCUUUCGUCCUGGGAAGAAGCAAAAACAAGACGCUGAACACGGCCAUCGAUCAGGAGGGUUUUAUGUACCAGGAUCUGAUAAGGGGGCACUUCAUAGACUCGUACAACAAUCUCACUCUGAAGACCAUCUGUUUGCUGGAAUGGGCUGAUCUUCACUGUCCGAAGGCUAAGUACAUUCUCAAGACGGACGACGAUAUGUUUAUUAAUGUGCCGAAGUUGAUGACCCUCAUGAACACGCUUAAAGACAAUAGAUCGAUAUACGGAAGACGGGCUGAAAAUUGGAAACCCAUCCGAAACAGGUCGUCUAAAUAUUACAUAUCGCACUCUCAGUAUAGGAAUACUACCUUUCCCUAUUUCACCACCGGACCCGCUUACCUGCUCACUGGUGACAUUGUUCACGCUCUGUAUGUCCAAUCGCUGAGUACCGCAUUCUUAAAGCUGGAAGAUGUCUUCACCACGGGCAUCGUGGCUGAAAGUCUUGGCAUCCGGCGGGUAAAUGUGCGAGAGAUGGCCAAUAGCCGCACUAAAUUCGAGGCGUGCAAUAUCCGCCAGAAGAUUACCAUCCAUAUGAUACGGAAUAACGAACAGUUUGACUUGUGGAAGAUGUUAUUAGAUGACACCAUUAAGUGUGAUAACAGGUAAAAAAGGCACCUUUAUACUUGCACAGUUUGACUUUUUUGGAAAUAAAAAUUAUAAAACGA